AUGGAUGUUUUAUGUUUAAUAGUAUUAAUAUCAUUACCAUUUAUUUUAUUCAUGAUAUUAUGGUAAAAGUUGAAGUAUAAAUAGUAAAAUUACGUAAAUUAAUAAAUAUUAGAUGAUCUUAUAAAAAAAGCAAAAGUGAUUAAUCAAUAUGAAAAUUUAUAAGGUGAUUAAGAAUGUGGAAUUUGUUUAUAAGUAUAUAGUAGAAAUGAAGAAUAAUUAAUUCUGCCUCGUAAUUAAUCACAUCAUUUUCAUUUGUAUUGUAUAAAGACUUGUUUGAUGUUGAAUUUUAGUUGUCCUAAAUGUAGAUCAAAGAUUAGUGAUUUUAGAAAUUCUUAAUAAACAAGUAUUCUAUGA